UCUUCCAUCAUUCUCGGUUAAACUGUGAAACACAUAAAUAAAACAAAGAGAAAGAGAUAAAAUGGGUGGGUGGGCAAUUGCAGUACACGGUGGUGCCGGAAUCGACCCAAAUCUUCCGGCGGAGAGACAAGAAGAGGCGAAACAGCUUUUGACUCGUUGUCUCAACCUCGGCAUAGUAGCUUUACGUUCAAAUAUCUCCGCCAUUGACGUCGUUGAGCUCGUCAUUAGAGAAUUGGAGACGGAUCCUCUGUUUAAUUCAGGCCGUGGAUCUGCUUUGACGGAAAAAGGAACGGUGGAGAUGGAAGCUAGCAUAAUGGAUGGUACGAAGAGACGAUGCGGUGCCGUUUCGGGGAUAACCACCGUGAAGAAUCCAAUAUCUCUUGCUCGUCUCGUCAUGGACAAAUCUCCCCACUCUUACCUUGCUUUCUCUGGUGCAGAGGAUUUCGCCCGUAAACAGGGAGUUGAAAUUGUGGACAACGACUACUUCGUCACGGACGACAACGUAGGAAUGCUCAAGUUGGCCAAGGAAGCUAACUCCAUCUUGUUUGACUACCGGAUUCCGCCGAUGGGAUGUGCCGGUGCAGCCGCAACCGACUGUCCACUCCAAAUGAACGGUCUUCCGAUCAGCAUUUACGCACCGGAGACAGUGGGAUGCGUCGUGGUUGACGGAGAAGGACGGUGUGCCGCCGGGACAUCAACCGGUGGUUUGAUGAACAAGAUGAUGGGAAGGAUCGGUGACUCGCCGCUGAUAGGAGCUGGGACGUACGCGUCGGAGUUUUGUGGUGUUUCGUGUACCGGAGAAGGAGAAGCCAUCAUAAGAGCCACGCUAGCUCGUGAUGUGUCAGCUGUUAUGGAGUACAAAGGACUUAACCUCCAAGAAGCGGUUGAUUACGUCAUCAAGCAUAGACUCGAUGAAGGGUUCGCUGGACUCAUCGCUGUGUCGAAUAAAGGAGAGGUGGUUUGUGGUUUUAACUCUAAUGGGAUGUUCAGGGGAUGUGCAACGGAGGAUGGGUUCAUGGAGGUUGCUAUUUGGGAGUGAGAAAUAUUUUUAGAUUAAGAAAAUGUAUUAGUAUUUGAUUAGUGUGCUCUGAAUCAGUCAUGGCUCUAUUAAUUUGGUUAUUCAUUAUAAUAAAUCUGGAGUAGUAAAUUUAGGUAUUUCGUUACUGAUUUGUGCUUAAUGUGGUUUCUAAUUGUUAAUUCGUGUUUAAAAAAUCGUUGAUCUGUUUCAGCUUCA